AUGCAUCCCGCUCUAACACUUUGCUUACGUGCUCCAAGAUUGUACACAACCUCCUUCGAAUGCGGUGGCGGCGUUGAGUGGUCGAUGCGGACAACGCCCUGGCGGCACAUAUGGCUGCUGCUCGGGUUGAUCGAAGCUGCCGUGGCCGUGAAAUGCUACUACUGCACGUCGAUGCUCAAUUCGGACGUGGAGGACGAUGCGAAGACGGCGAUGAAGAAGUUGGUGUACGAGAAUUACAAUCUUCCGCCAACGCAUGAACUCUGCUCCCUUCCCGAUGAUAUUGAAUUCCGGAUCGUUCCGCAUUGUAGCAAACGUUCGAUUCUUGGUGUCAUUGUCCCUUUAGAGCCCGCUACAGUGGUCGAAAAACGC